AUGUCGUUCUGGUUCCACGCCUCGUCCGCAUUGGCCAUCCGGCUCGGCCUCGUGUACUACGGCAAGCUGCAAGACGAACAGUUCCUGGUGAAAUACACCGACGUGGACUACCACGUCUACACGGACGCGGCUCGGCACGUCCACGAAGGCGGCUCGCCCUACGACCGACACACCUACCGCUACUCCCCCCUCCUGGCCUAUCUCAUGCUGCCCAACCUCCUCCUCAGCCCCCACUUCGGGAAGGCCCUGUUCUGCCUGGCCGACAUCCUCUGCGGGUACCUCAUCCACCGCAUGCUGAGAGACCGGCACGGAACGAAGACCGCGACCCGGUGCGCCUGGCUGUGGCUCUACAACCCGCUCCCGAUCGUGGUCUCGAGUCGAGGCAACGCGGACUCCCUCGUCGCUCUCCUCACCCUGGCGACCGUCUGGUUCCACCAGAAAGGGCAGGUCGUCAAGGAGGGAUUCGUCUUGGGGCUGGCCAUUCACUUCAAGAUCUUCCCUGUCCUCUACUCCCUUCCGCUGUACCUCAGCCUGUCGGAUUCGAAGUGCGACUGGAAGAGGGCGCUCUUCCCUCCCAACCGGAAGCAAGUCAAGCUCACUCUCUUCACCGUGCUCACGUUUCUCGCUCUCUUUGUCGCCUUCUACGCGUCGUACGGAUGGGAUUUCGUCCACGAGACGUACUUGUAUCACGUGAUGCGCCGAGACACGAGGCACAACUUCUCGGCCUUCUUCUACCUGCUGUAUCUCAGCCUGCCCGACACACCGCGGUUGCUCUCGUUCGUCCUGCUCCUGCCCCAGGCGGUCCUGGUCCUGCAGUCGGCGCUGGAGCUGUACCGGCCGGCGACGCUCCACCUGAGCCUGUUCCUGCAGACGGUGGUCUUCGUGACCUUCAACAAGGUCGUGACCUCCCAGUACUUCCUGUGGUACCUGGCGCUGCUCCCGCUGGUCGCCCCGCGCCUGCGGCUCAGCGUCCUGCACGCGGCGGUGCUGGUGGUGAUCUGGGGGUUCGCCCAGGCGUCGUGGCUCCUGCCGGCGUACUUCCUCGAGUUCGAGGGCCGCAACGUCUACCUGUACGUGUGGAUCGAGAGUCUCGCCUUCCUGUGUGCCAACAUUGGGGUGGUGGGGAAGUUGGUCAAGUCCUACCACGUUGGAGAUGAUUGA